AUGGGAGCAGCGGCCGAGGUUGGGAGUUUCGUCAACGGAUUUCUGGACAGCUUUGGACACGCGGGUGCAGCUCCUGCUCCAGUGGGUUCUCACUUCAUUCUCACCCCCUCCGGGGCGGUGGACUACAACUCGGUGACGGGACUGAUGAUUGGGGGACACGGGCAGCAGCAGGAGCACCUGGUGUCCGCGGAGAGGCUGUCCCGGAGCCUGGCGGACCUCAGCCACCUGAAGGGGAUCCUGAGGCGGCGGCAGCUCUACUGCAGGACCGGCUUUCACCUGGAGAUCCGUCCCGAUGGAACCGUGCAGGGCACCAGGAAGGACCACAGCAGAUUCGGUAUUCUGGAGUUCAUCAGUCUUGCUGUAGGACUGGUCAGCAUCAGAGGGGUGGACACUGGCCUCUACCUCGCCAUGAACACCAGGGGAGAACUGUAUGGAUCGGAGAAGCUCUCAGCAGAAUGUGUUUUUAAGGAGCAAUUUGAAGAAAACUGGUACAAUACCUACUCCUCCAACAUCUACCGGCAUGGAGAAAAAGGUGCAUUUUACUUUGUCGCUUUGAACAAAGACGGGACGGCCCGGGACGGAACAAGGUCGAGACGACAUCAGAGGUUCACUCACUUCUUACCGAGGCCCGUGGACCCGGAUAGAGUACCGGAGCUGUACAGGGACAUACUUGGCCAGAGGUGA